AUUUGAGUUAAGAAUUUACCUUUCAAAUAUUUUAUAACUGCUAUUGUGGGAAAGUUAAGCUGGAGGCCAGGCAGGACCCAGUUGGUGACCACUGCCCUGAAGGAGGUAAAGAGUAUGGGUUUUGGAGUUGUCUUAACCAGAUUUCACCCUUCUAGCUGUGCCACCUAUUCACUUUGUAAACUUAGAUACCUGACUAAAUCUCAAGUUUCCUCAUCUAUAAAAUGGUGAUAAUUUCUCUGCAAAGUAACACCAUUUGUUGUGGGGAUUAAAUAAAUGGUGAAGGUAAAGCAUGAGUCUGGCACUUGACACAUAAUUUGCACAAUAAAUGGCAGUGUUACUGCUGGUGCCUUGCUUGAUUCCUGAAUCCUUGAGAAGUUUUCAAAGCUCUCACUGUCCUGGGCUUUGGGUUGGGAGUGCAAAAUAAGUAGACCAGAGAAGUACCCUCAGUGAUCCAUAGGAUGGUCCAGAAUGCAGUGUGAAAAACUGUCAUUAAGAACUAGGUAUAAAAAAGUACUUGACAUAAAUGAGUUAAAAUGCAGUUCAUGGAGUGUGUUGGGAAGAGCAGUCCAGUGUAUCUGUCUGAUAAUAGAAGUAUAAUAAACUUUGAGAUUUGCACAUAAAUGCCAAGAUAUACCUAAAUAUGUCAUCAAAUCAGGAAAUGUGACUUCAUUAAAUCAGGAAACAGGAAAAGUAACUGCAGCAAUCAGGACUUCUCUGGAAGCAGCAAUCCCAUUGAACAAAAAUUUUAAAUUAAUUUCUGAUCCAAAUAACAAAAUCUAAAAAGCAACAUACUGUAGCCAGUGGCUGCAGUACUAAAGGAGCAUGAAGUAAAAGAUUGACUUCUUCCCUUCUCUACAUCUGUAGGUUCAUGUAGAUAAUGGCUGUCAUUAUCUUUGAAUGUAUAAUGAGUAUAAAGGGAGCUAGAACUAAUUGUAAUGUUUGUUUUUACUAAUAUCAUAAUUAUUACUCCCCUUGGGAACCAUUUUCUAUUGUGUUUUGUUAAUGCUUAAAAACAAUCUCCAUUACCCUAAAUGGAAUUUAGAAUGUUUUCCAAUUCAGUUUCAUUUGCAUUCAGAGCAUGUAAAAAUUCCAAGAGGUGGUUUUUUUAGUCAGCAAAUGGAAGUGUGUGAAGAAAGCAAGAAAACUAAGAAAUGAGGGAGUUCCCUGGUGGUUCAGUGGUUACGAUUUGGUGUUUUCACUGCCGUGGCCCAAGUUCGGGCACAGCCCCAAACAAAAAAAACAGAAUAAAAAGGAACAUAAGUCAAUUAGAGCAAAUAAGAACGAUCCUGAGUCUAAAUUGGAGGACUAAACGAUGUAUCCCUAAGGAGAAAAGGACGCUUGAACUGUUAGGAGUGGGUUGGGGGAGAUGGUGGUGAGCAUUUUAGAUCAGAGGGAUAAAAAAAACACUUGCAAGGGCUCUGGUACCAGAGGGAGAGUUUAGGAAGUGUAAGGGAUAAGAUCUGUCCAGAUAAUGCAUGUAGAACUGGCAAAGCUUUGGAAACGAGCCUUUGAGAAACUAGAAUAAGGUUAAGAAAUGUUAAGCGUAUCUUUGGGAUACCAGAAAAGCAUGGGCCCCAAAACACGAGUAAAAUCGGGUUUAGGUAAACUAGAAUCUUGCGAUAAGAGCAUUUAAAUGAAGAGCAUAUAAACUGGUCCUUUAUUAAAUGUGUCUUUUAGAUAUUUUUAUUUUGCCUUACAUAGGUGGAGAAUACGGUUCGCGAAAACCGAAUUUUCAGUGCUUAGGACUUACAAAGUUGUAGUCAAGUUCGGCUUCGUCAUUUUUACAAUAAUAAGCGGGUUCCAAAAGUGUUGUGAUUUGUCUUAGGUGCCCCACCCAGGUAAUGAGUGACAAGUCCUGACCUAAAAUUCUGAACCCCUGACCUAGCUCCCCUCCACCCCCCGUCUUUUAAGAAUGAAAUUACUUCUAGAAAAUUUAAUCCAAGUUUGUUAGACUGGGGCUCUAGAUAAAGUUUGGCAGGAAGCUGAGAACUAUUAAUGCCCUGUGACAGAACUUGAAGUUGCAAAUAGGCGCCACGAUGUUACCAUGGUUACUGCAGAGCCGUUGGGAAGAGCCGUGCCUUCGUUACCGUGGGCCUAACCCAGAGGCCAGUGGUCUGCGCCAUAUCAAUGGUCUCCGGCAGGAAGCGCAGCUCCUGAGCCAAUGACGCGCGUCGUUUCUAUGGUUGCCGCCGGAAGGACGGCUAGGCGUCUCCGCGGCGAGCGCGGUUGCUAUGACGCCCGGGACUGAGCAGGCACCUGCAGCUCGCACCCUGGCGGCCCCCGAACCCUCGCCGCGCUUUCCAAGAGACAAUUUCCGGCUUGGUUCCUGAGGUUCCCGCCGCAGCCCCAAGGAAGAAAGCAGCUACUCGCUCUUUUUCAGCAUUCCAGGCCUUUCCUGGCAGGGCCCAAAACGACAGAAGAGCCUCACCUGGCUUGGCCUUUCUAGCCGCGGGCUGGAGGGAUUCGGCCUGAGAAUAGAUUGGUCGGUUUCCCGGGACCCACCCGUCACAGGCCCUUAGAAUUAGGCUGCUGCUUUUCUUUAAAGAGAGUUUAGAGCACUCAAGCUGUUUAAGUGGGCGUUCCUUUGCUCACUUUCCAGGCGAAGACUCAGCCCUACUCAGAGACUGCGCGUGAAGGUAGGGGCCAUGACAAAGUCCACCGAGCUACGGCAUCCUCUGAGUGUCGGCCUGUGAACAAAGAACUGCUGUUUCCUCCUUUUUGCCGUUUGUUCGCCAUGCAGAACUUUAAUUCCUGAUGAAGCUCUGGAGGCCCUUUGUAUCCUCAACAUCAGACGUCAUCAAGGAAAAUUUCAGUUAGAAGAUUUGCUUCACCAUCCUGAGAAAGAAGGAAUUGAACCGCUUGCCUUAACAAAAGAACAAGUCUUGUUUUGUCUGGUGCUUGUUACAGCAAAGACAGGCUGAUGACUGCUUCCAGAAAUCUAGAAGAGCUGUCAGUGAAGCACAUGGAAGAAAUUAAAGACGUGGAAAACUAUGCAAACCAUGUCUGUGACUUACCAGAGGAAAAAGAAGCAUUUUCUCAUAGUUAUGAAAAGGAAAACAAACAGCCUAGACAUGAGUUUAAAGAGCUCCAACUCAAACCAGAAAUGCAAACAAAGGAGGUUGAAAUGUAUCAAGAAGGCUUGUCUACAGUGGCUCUGAGCAGCCCCUGUGAACAGAUCACACACUUAAUCAUGGAAAGAAGUAUACUCUUGAGGAAAUUGGAACUUGGGAACCCCAAGCCAGAACCACAAAGAUGUCUGAGCCAUAACCUUCAGAAAGACUUUCCCCAGGAAUACACCAAGAGAAAUGAAAGCGUGUGGCCGUGUAAAGGCUACACAUGUCACAGCAACCUUCAUUGUAUAACCAACUCAAAUGCUCAUCAGCAGGAGAAACUUGAACAAACCCACCAGCCUCUGCAAAAGGAACAUCAGAAACAUCAAGAACCUGUGCAUCAGUCUAAAAAAAGUCUGAAUGAGUCCCAUAAUGAAGAUCCAGAAAAAGAUAAAACACCACAAACCUGCAGAGAGAGAGAUCUGGAGGAAGUAGCAAGGCAGUUAGAGAUGGCCCACGAAGAGAUCCGAAGGCUCGCUGAUGAACUGCAAGGGAAGGAGAAGGUACAGCGCAAACUCGCUUCUGCACUUGAGAAGGCUCAACUAGAAAUUGAGAAAUUGAAAGAAAAUUUGAUAAAGCUGAAAGAAAAUGACUCAGUUGACCUACGGAAAGCAAAGGAACAUAAUCAGAGACUGGAUGAGGAAAUUCUGGCUCUAAGAAAUCGGGUUCGAUCACUUGACUCAGAAAAAAAAGUACUUGGAGAAGAGGUUGAACGACUUAAAAGACGAACAUGUGAAGCUCAAGAGAAUAAGCAUCUUGGAAACCACUCUCCUGGAAAAACUGUGGGUACUGAACAGAAAGUAGAGUAUCCAUCAUCUGGGGAAAACCGGAAAUACUGGCAGCAAGAGGAGGUACAACAACUUCACCAGAAUUUGCGCCGGCUCCAGACUCUAUGCAGCUCCGCAGAAAAAGAGCUUCGAUAUGAGCGAGGAAAGAACUCGGACUUAAAGCAACAUAAUAGCUUACUUCAGGAAGAAAGCCUUAAGAUCAAAAUUGAACUCAAGCAGACCCAGGAAAAGUUAUUAGACAGCUCAAAGAUGUGCUGUUCACUCACGGCUGACUGGAAGCACUGUCAGCAGAAAAUCAGGGAACUGGAGCUGGAAGUACUUAAACAGGCUCAGAGCAUUAAAUCACAGAACAACCUGCAGGAAAUGCUGGCUCAGGAGAAAUCUAAAGUUGCUGAUGCAGAGGACAAGAUUUUGGAUCUGCAGCAGAAAUUAGAACAUGCUCAUAAAGUCAAUCUGACAGACACUUUUAUUUUGGAGAAGAAGCAAUUAGAGGAAAGGAUAAAAGAAGCAAUAGAAAAUGAAGCUAAAAUAAAGCAACAAUAUCAGGAAGAACAACAGAAGAGGAAACUCCUAGACCAGAAUAUGAAUGAGCUCCAGAAGCAAGUGAAAAUCUUACAGGAAAAAGAGAGUCUAUUGGAAAUGACCAGUGUUCAGCAACAAAUCAAACUUCAGCAACAAAAGGCCCAACUUGAAGAACUGGAAAAUGAAAAAAGAAAAUCUGAUGAGCAUCUCAAGAGCAACCAGGAAUUGUCAAACAAGCUGUCUGUGUUGCAGCAGGAGAAGAAAGCUCUAUGUGAAGAAAAUGAGCACCUUUUGAAGCAGUUUGAUCUCCAUGUGAGAAACUAUAAUCAGAAACAUCAGUACUACAAAGUCAAGCUGCAUAUAAUCAAGGAUCGUUUAGUUGAUGAAGUACAACUCCGAGAUGAGAAAAUCAAACAACUUGAAAAUGAGGUUGGAGCCCUGCGGCAGCAAAUAGAAAAGGAGAAGGCAUUCCAGGACCAGAUCACCACCCAAAAUGAUAUCCUGCUCCUAGAAAAAAGGAAACUUCUGGAGAAGGUCACAGAACAAGACUUAUUGAUUGACAGCAACAAAUGGAGACUAUUUUCUGUCCAAAACAGAGUACUUUUCCUGGAUGAAGAAAAUAAGCAGCUACAGAAAAAUAGUCUCCAGCUCACACAGGAGGUUUAUUUCCUAGAGCAUAUCAUAAAGAGCAUCCAGAUGCACAGACGGGAGGAAACAACAAUUUGUGACAUCCCUGAAUCUGAAGUAUUGAAUAAAAUCAUGUGUUUAUCAGACUCCAGUUUUUCAGGAACAGGUUUGGCAGAGUCAGCUGGAAGUCUUCAAGUGACUGAACAGAGGUUAGAAGAAACUGGCAAACCCCUCAAGUCCCUCGAGUCCCUUUCAUGUUCACAGAAUUCUAAAGCUGGAUACAUAAAUGUGGCUUCCCCAAAAGAAACACAUCUCAUUCAAGAAUAAGACGAAGUCAGAUCUAGAAAAUCAUCCGUGUCUAAAAUAGACUGAUUGAAGCUGCUAAACUGAAGCCUGGGCGUGAAGGCGCGACAUGACGUGGAGAAGAGUUCGGGCAGAUCCUCACUGGACGUCAACCAGGAAUCUUCAAAACUGUUGACAAAUUCAUUAAACCUGUUCUAAAAUGGAUUUCUCACGUUUUUUUGGUAUCCUCAAAUGCCUUGUAUUGAUCAAUGUCAUGACAUAAAUUCACUGGUUUAAUAAGGCUGUUGUUCAGCAGAGCACAUACAUGGCUAAUUCAGCAUUCUAUCUAUUUUUAUUAUCUUGGGUAUUAUUUUUUAAUUUAAAAGCAAAUGUAAUCGCCUUAAAGCAAAUAUUUGAGAAAGAAAAAAAACCUAUAAGGCCCACAUUUUUAACACAACUACUUUCAUUUAUCCUUUUCUGGUUCUUAUUCAAAUGUAUAUAUUUUAAAUGAUUAUACUGUAUAUUCAUUUUCAUAGUCUGAUUUUAAAUUUAAUAUAUCAUAAAACAUUUCCCCAU